AUGUCGACUAAACCGUCCCUUGCAGCCGCCGAGGACUUCCUGUCCUUUGUUAAUGCUUCCCCCACCCGUAUUCGGCCCAAGGAGCGACUAGAGAAGGUGGGCUUCAAGGAAAUCAAAGAGCGAGACUCGUGGGCACCAACGCUGCACCCCGGUGGCAAGUACUACCUGACGCGCAAUGGCUCGUCAAUCGUCGCCUUCGCCAUCGGAAAGAAAUGGAAGGCAGGUAAUCCCAUUGGCAUGAUCGGCGCACACACCGACUCGCCAUGCCUCCGCAUCAAGCCAGUCUCGAAGCGACAAAGUGAUGGCUUUCUCCAAGUAGCCUGUGAGACAUACGGCGGUGGCCUGUGGCACACCUGGUUCGAUCGCGAUCUCAGCAUUGCGGGACGCGCCAUGGUGCGCACCAAGGACGGCAACUUUGAGCAGCGUCUGGUCAAAGUGGACCGUCCAAUUCUGAGGAUUCCCACUCUGGCUAUUCAUCUUGACCGCCAAGAGAAUUUCCAAUUUAACAAGGAGACGCAGCUCUUCCCCAUUGCGGGGCUAGUAGCUGCUGAGCUGAAUAGACAGGGCAAGACCGAGGAGUCCAAAGAAGAAGACACCAAGGAUAGCCCCUUCGAGCCGCUUGCAGCUCCAACCCAGCGCCACCACUCGUACAUUGUCGACAUCAUCGCCGAAGAAGCAGGCGCCGAUGCCAGCGACAUUGUGGACUUUGAGAUAGUUCUCGUUGAGGGUCUUAUUCACAGCCUGUCAUCGUCUGCAGCUCUGGACAGCGACUCUACCAUUCGCCUCAUCGCCUGCUUCGACCACGAGGAGAUUGGUUCGCAAACCGCGCAAGGAGCUGACUCAAACUUGUUGCCAGCAGUUAUACGCCGGCUCUCUGCCCUCCCAGCAUCGGAGAGCGAUUCAGAUAAGUCAUACGAUAAAGUCGAGGCCGACACUGCCACUGUUUACGAGCAGACACUAGCCACCUCCUUCUUGAUUUCCGCGGACAUGGCUCACUCAGUGCAUCCCAACUACCCCGCUAAAUACGAGUCUCAACACAGGCCUGAAAUGAACAAGGGAACCGUCAUCAAAGUAAAUGCCAACGCACGUUACGCCACGAACACGCCCGGUAUUGUCUUGCUCCAGGAAGCGGCUCGCCGCGCCAAGAAAGCUUCAUCAAGUAUAUCCUCGGCCAAGGAGGGCGUACCGCUGCAGCUGUUCGUUGUGCGUAACGACUCGUCCUGUGGUAGUACUAUGUGGUCCCAUGCUUUCAGCAGCCAUGGGUGCCCGUACGCUUGAUCUGGGCAACCCACAGUUGAGCAUGCACAGCAUUCGCGAGACUGGUGGCGCACAUGACGUGGAGCAUGCCGUGAACUUGUUCGAGAGCUUUUUCAUCAACUUCGAGGAGCUGGAGAAGAAGAUUAUCGUCGACUGACUAGUUGAACCGAAGCUAUGAACUUCGAUGCUGUAGAUAUGUCAAUCAAAUAAAUUAAGUAAACAAGCCU